AAAGUGCCUGGUUCUGCUGGUUUAUUUUGCUUUGUCCGCCGAAAAGGAAACUUGCUGCGAGGACUACUACAUUCCGAAGUUGACUUUAUUAUGAGCCAGAACGAUGCUCAACUACAUUAGAUGUGCAAUCAUGUCACCGACAACACGCAGCAGCUCCAAUAACAAGAAAAACAGCCAGCCAGCAGGCGAAGCUCUCAAGGAUGUGAGCUCAUCCGAAUCCAUAAGAACAGAGGGUGCUCAAAUGCGUGGCUACAAGGUUACUGAUAACGAGCGCACGAGAAAGUACGGAAUCGGAGCCAAUUCCCUGGAAAUGCUGAUAGCUAAGGCAAACGGAAAGUUCCCGCUUCCCGAGUUACACUUGUAUUUGGCUUCUGAUGGAUUCGAGGUAACCGACGAUGAGUACUUAAAAAGCCUACCCGCCCAGACGCUAUUCAUAGUUUCUGGGCCGGAUGCAGUCAUUACAACAGAUGCCGAUUUUGAGUUUGAGAAGAUGCGACAGCAAUCGCCUUUGCUGAAGGUGGCCGACAUUUUUUACGACUUUAUCGAACAGCAUCCGGAAAAGUUUCGCCGCAUGAUCACGGAGUACGAACACCAAAAACAACGUCGCGUCCUGGAUAACAGCAAGGCCCACCUCAGCUUGAAGGCCGAGCACAUGGAAUGGUUCGCGGGCGGGGAGGAGCGGUUCCACUCAAAGGAAGAAGCCAUGGCCAUGCGCGCCCAGACACGUGUGCGCGGCUACUACUAUAAGGCCAAGGAGGAACUGACCCGUAAUCCCUUGUACCGCCAAAAUGCCAAGGCCCGACAAGUGAUAAACGCUGUGCUGGAGAAGUUUCGAUACCUGCUCAUCGGUUGUGAUUUUUUCUCCAUGAUGUUUGACAGGAAUUGCAAGCAAAAGCAUGAAUUCCUGCAGCAGCACUUGGGCGAGGAGGAAACCGACGCUGGCAGAAUACCCAGCAAAAGACUGAGGCAGGUCAUUAAAGAGUACACAAAGGAAAACUGCAUCCUCGACGAGUGGUCCACUUCCUUGUGCUCCGAUUUGGGUGACUUCUAUUGCCAGGGCUCCUACUCGGAGAAUGGCAACAGCUGCUCAAAGCAGCACAUUAUCAAUCCGUACGCUUCGCGGGAAAAUCUCAUUUUGUUCCAGGUCUGGAAUCUGGACCACCAAAUUGAACUGUGCCGCACAAUACUUCCCGCUCUUGUGGCAAAUGUGGAAGAACUUGUGAGUCAUCCGCAGAUAAAGUGUUCCCUUCAUAAGAAGCAAGUGGUCGAUAUCUCAGUACUGGAGUACUUUCUUGAAAUAUUCUCUCUAAAGAACCUUAAACUAGUUCACAUUGUGUGUCAUGAAAAGGUGCAGCGGUCAAACCGUUCAAACGGUCGCCUUCUAUGCUCCGACUGUCAUGAGUAUCGCAUUGUGCAAGAGCUGAUGGAAGUGCAAGUAGACAGUUUAACCACUUAAAUGGUAUGUCAAAAAUAUUGAAAAGUUACCUAGCCAAGCAAUAUUGUACACAAUAACUUUACAAAAUGUAUCUACAAGUUUGGUUGCUCUUUUUUUUGAAUGUUUUAUAUUGCUGAUCUCAUAGGGGAUAU